AUGACUCGUAAGCACGGGAUCUCUCCAGAGAUGGAGCACUACCUGUGCAUGGUGGACAUGCUGGGACGAGCGAACAAGCUGGAAGAAGCUCUGGCUAUGGCGAAGGAGAUGCCCUUCCAAGCGACCGAGACGGUGUGGACGACGGUGCUGGGAGCUUGCAAGAAAUGGGGCAAUGUGGAGAUUGGAAAGGCUGCGUUUCAGGCCUUUGUGGACGUGGGAGGAAGCGAUGCUGCAGCGUACACGCUAAUGGCGAAUCUAUCUUCAUUCAAGCUUGCGGGUUGGCCGAGACUUCCUUGGAUUGUGGAGAGGAAAUCUCCAUUUAAAGUUGGAGAGUUCUACGUUUCUAGCACUGGCUGGCGCUGGAAUCCAUUCGUCACCACGAUGAGGAUCGUCCUGUUACUAGUCUCCAUCUUGAUUGCUGCUGCUUCUCGCAGUAACGAUCGGGUGCUCAGGGAUCUCGCGAGGGAGGAGCAGCAAAGAUCUUUGCCGGGGAUCAAGCUGGGAAUGAGCAGGCUCGACAAGUGGGGAUCUUUGCACUCUUUCUCGUCACUCACGCGGAGCUUCCUUGACGAGCUCCUCCACGAAGUUGUCACCCACGACUUCGCUCGAGCUCGAGCUCUCGCCAGCAGGCUCGUCUCGUCAAACUCCCCGAAUCGCUCUUCUUCGGAUCAUCGCCAUCUCGCCGAGGAAGAAGUGGAGCACGACCUCGCCCAGACUCCUGUGAGCUUCACCAAUGGCGGUGUCUACUACUCCACCAUCACCCUCGGCUCGCCACCCAAGGACUUCUCGCUCGUCAUGGACACCGGCAGUGAUCUCACCUGGGUCCGGUGCGAUCCUUGCUCCCCGGACUGCAGCUCCACCUUCGAUCGCCUGGCUUCCAACACUUACAAGGCUCUCACUUGUGCGGAUGAUGUAUGCUCCUACUUGCGCCACACCGAUUGCUCCAGCUCCUCCUCCUCGGCUAGCUCCGGCUGCCAGUACUCCUACGGCUAUGGCGACGGCUCCUUCACUCAGGGAGAUCUCUCCGUGGACACGCUCAAGAUGGCGGGUGCCGCGAGCGACGAGCUGGAAGAGUUCCCGGGUUUCGUGUUUGGCUGCGGCUCUCUCCUCAAGGGUCUCAUCUCCGGCGAAGUUGGAAUCCUCGCUCUCUCGCCCGGAUCGCUCUCGUUUCCGUCCCAGAUUGGAGAGAAGUAUGGCAACAAGUUCUCCUACUGUCUCCUCCGGCAGACCGCCCAGAAUUCGCUCAAGAAAAGCCCAAUGGUUUUUGGAGAGGCCGCGGUGGAGCUCAAGGAGCCCGGCUCCGGCAAGCUCCAAGAGCUCCAGUACACGCCCAUUGGCGAAAGCUCCAUUUACUACACGGUCCGGCUGGAUGGAAUUUCGGUUGGAAACCAACGGCUGGAUCUCUCCCCCAGCGCAUUCCUCAACGGCCAGGACAAGCCCACCAUCUUCGAUUCGGGGACAACGCUCACGAUGCUCCCGCCCGGGGUGUGCGAUUCCAUCAAGCAAUCGCUGGCGUCCAUGGUUUCCGGCGCGGAAUUUGUGGCGAUCAAGGGCCUGGAUGCGUGCUUUCGGGUGCCGCCAUCGUCCGGCCAGGGUCUCCCGGACAUUACGUUCCAUUUCAAUGGUGGUGCCGAUUUUGUGACGCGUCCAAGCAACUAUGUGAUCGAUCUGGGGAGUCUCCAGUGCUUGAUCUUUGUUCCCACGAACGAGGUGUCAAUCUUUGGGAACCUCCAGCAGCAGGAUUUCUUUGUGCUGCACGACAUGGACAAUCGGAGGAUUGGAUUCAAGGAGACUGACUGUGGUAGCCUGAGAGCUUAA